CUCUGUCCUUCACUUGUUUCAGCAAAAGAAAGGAGGGGAGCCAAGGGUUCAUUUUUAAAGAUUCCAGCCUUACAUCCUAAUGUGGAUAAGCUUAACCUAGCACAAGUUUGCAAACUUGUUGCUGUAUUUUAAAAUGCAUGACUGAAUCAUUUCAAAGGAAAAAAAAUACUCCAACCAUUUCUCAUCAUGAAGAAGAACCAGUUGGCCGUUAUAUUCCUUGUGUCUUCUUUGAUUGCAAAUGCGCUUAGUGUGAUGAAAGCCACAGAGCAGGGGAAGAAUAAAUGUAAUAAGAAGACCUUCAUUACCACUAAAACCCAAUGCCGUCCUUGUUCUCUGAAUUUUGAAAUUCAGUGUCCUGAAGGUUUUACCAGAAUUACCAAUGGCUCUGGGACGCAAGACUGCAGGUAUAGUGGUCAAAUCAGGGGGGUCUCAGUUCUCUCUCUUCUGGGAUGUCAGCAUACAUGUAUGAAGGAGUAUCAACAGCCUCAAUGCUGCCCAGGAUAUUGGGGGUCUGAUUGCCUAGAAUGUCCGGGUGGUGCAGCAUCCCCCUGCAAUAACAGAGGCCACUGCUCUCAGGGCAUUACUGGGAAUGGAAUCUGUACCUGCCAGAAUGGAUUUGCUGGAGCUGCCUGUGAAAAAUGUGAUAAAGACAAUGUUUUUGGACAUUUCUGUAGUUCAGCAUGCCAGUGCAUUCAUGGAAUAUGCAACAGUGGAAUAAAUGGAGAUGGAAAAUGCACAUGUUUAUAUGGAUAUAAUGGCCCUCGCUGUGACCAACCAAUACCUGAAUGCCAGGCCUUACAGUGCCCAGAAAACUCCAGGUGCACCGUCGCCAGUGCUGAUAAAACCCAGCUAAAAUGCAAAUGCCUUCCUGACUAUCAAGAAGAUGGCAAAUACUGUAAACCUAUCAACCCCUGCUUAGAACAGGUCUGUGAUCCUCAUUCUGAUUGCAUCUACCUUGGACCCAAUCGUCAUACAUGUACGUGCCAGAAGGGCUACGAAGAAGAUGGCCAGAUUUGCAUUCCCAUAGAUCCUUGCCAAACAAAAUCUGUGUAUUGUCCUACAGAAUCCACCAUCUGUAAAUACGAUGGCCCUGGAAGGUCACACUGUGAAUGCAAAGAACAUUUCAGCAACUUUGUACCUGGAGAAGGAUGCAAUAUGACGGAUAUCUGUGCAUCUAACAACCCAUGCCAUAAAUAUGCGAUAUGCACAAUGACUGCACCAGGAAAGACUCGGUGCACUUGCCAAAAGGGCUAUGAAGGCAGCGGGUUUGUAUGUUACAGAAAUAUCAUGGACCUAAUCAGAGACAUGAACUCUAAGCCUGGAGGACAGUGGCAAGGAAAACUAACAUCCGCUAUACAGCUUUUUGGAUAUGCCUAUGAACGACAGCUGAGUACCCUGGGACCAUUUACCAUACUUAUUCCAACAGAUAAGGGAUUCAAAGGAAACUGGGUGGCAGACAUUCAUUCUAGUAAACAGAAUAUCCAAUAUUUAGUUAAACUCCAUGUAAUUCCUGGUCAACUGGAUCUGAGUGAGUUGAAUAAUUCAAAGACAGUUUACAGUCUAUCUGGCAAACGUGGAGACAUAUUAAAUGACAAGGAUAACCUGUUAAGAAUUAGAAUGCAGGGAGGAAAGAAGAAAGGAAAAAUCUUACAAGGAGAUAUUAUUGCCUCCAAUGGAAUUGUGCACAUUAUUGAUACAGCCCUGGACAACAUGGAACCCACCUUUGAAGGCAAUGAAGAGAAAUCUAUAAUAGCACUGCUUCAAAACAACGCAAGAUAUAGCAGAUUCCUAUCCUUAAUAGAGAAGACAGGCAUGGGACCAUGUUUAGAUAAACAUCAUGGACCUAAUACCGUUUUCAUUCCAACCAAUAGUGCUUUGGAGAACUUGAAAGAUGGAGUUCUGGACUACCUUUUGUCAAGUAAGGGUUCACAAAAGCUACAGGAGCUAGUUCAACAUCACAUCAUUCCUCAAACCCAGCUGGAAGUUGCCAGCCUUAUCUCAAUAGGGCUCAUCAAGACUAUGGCUCAACAGUCCAUCUACUUUAACAUCACUAAAAGGGGGCAAAUCCUGGUCAGUGGUCAGCCAAUAGAAGAAACAGAUAUCAUUGCAGAAAAUGGUCGGAUUUACACACUGUCCGGUGUUCUUAUGCCUCCCUCCAUAACUCCAGUUCUGCCACAAAGAUGUGAUGAAGAGAGAACUGAAAUUAAACAGGGUACAUGUGGAAAAUGCCCGAUAUUCCACUGGAACAGUUGCCCAGAAGACUCAAAGCCUGUUGAUAUUGCCAGCAGUAAAUGCAUUUACUAUGACAAGAGCUUCGUAAGACAUGGAUGUGCUAAAUACUGCAAUGUAACGGUCAAGGAGUCUAAGUGUUGUAAAGGAUUCUUUGGCCCAGACUGCAAUAAAUGCCCAGGUGGUUUUUCCAGUCCCUGCUCGGGCAAUGGACAGUGUAUGGAUGGAAUGAAUGGAAAUGGAACUUGUAUUUGCGAUAGUGGAUUUGAAGGCUCACUUUGCCAGUUCUGUUCAGACCCCACUAAAUAUGGACCUCGGUGCAACACAACAUGUAUGUGUGUUUAUGGAAUAUGUGAUAAUCGAAUAGAUAGUGAUGGAGCCUGUCUUCCUGGUUCAUGCAAAAGUGGAUAUGCUGGGAAAUUAUGUGACAUGCAGGAGUUUCCAUGCAUGGAGACUUUUCAGCUCUGUAAUGGGCAUUGCCUGUUCAGCAAUGGUUCCAUGAGCUGUGCUUGUAAACCAGGAUAUGAAGGAGAUGGAAUAAUAUGCAAUGAAAUAGAUCCUUGUGCUAAUUCAGCCUUCCAUUGUUGCGGUACUCAUGCAGACUGCAUUGUUACUAGUCCCGGAAGCUAUGAGUGUUUGUGCCAGCCAGGAUGGACGGGGAAUGGAAGAGAUUGCUCAGAAAUUAAUAACUGCUUGCUGCCCAAUUCUGGAGGGUGUCAUAGUAAUGCUACCUGUCUACACAUAGGUCCCGGUCAAAACAAAUGUGAAUGUAAAGAAAGGUUUCAGGGCAAUGGAUAUGAAUGUGAACCCAUAAACCCUUGUCUGGAAAAAAAUGGAACAUGCCACCCUCUGGCAAUUUGCCAGUUAUCAACUUCUAAGGUCUGGGAAUGUGUGUGUCCAAAGGGCUAUGAAGGAGAUGGCAGCAUAUGCUAUGGAAAUGCCGUGGAUGCAUUGUCUUCUCUUCCAGAAGCAGCCAGAUUUAAUGAGUGGGUUAAUACAGGUACAAUUACAGCACUACUGACAGAAAUGUCAAAUCUAACCAUCUUUGUGCCUUCUCAACAAGCAAUCGAAAACAUGGACCGAGAUGAGAGAGCUAUUUGGAUGUCAAAAAGCAAUAUUCCAGCCAUAAUAAAGUAUCACAUAUUAGAUGGAGCCUACACAGUUGCUGACCUCCAGAACAUGUCUUUGUCUAAUGAUCUGCAUGAAGACUUUCUACCAGCAUCCAGAGGAAAUGGAAACCAUGUUGCUGGAACCAACAUUGUGGCUGGCGACAUUGUAGCUACAAAUGGGAUCAUACACAUUAUUGAUAAGGUUCUUACACCCCGCAGAGGAGUGAGGUCCACACCACCAAAACUUCUUGUCCGUUUAGAACAGAUGCCGGACUACACCAUUUUCAGGGGUUAUAUUAUUCAAUAUAACCUGGCAAGUGAAAUAGAAGCAGCUGGCACUUACACCAUUUUUGCCCCAGAUGACUAUGCCAUUAAAAGUUAUCUCAAGAGUAAACAGUUGUCCUCUCUGGAUGAAGACCAAAUCCGAUUCCAUAUUAUCCUAGAGGAGAAGCUCUUCAAGAAUGACUUGCAUAACGGAAUGUUCAGGGACACCAUGCUUGGAUUUUCAUUUCGAGUAGGAUUCUUCAUCCACAAUGCUCAGCUCUACAUAAAUGAAGCACCUAUACAUUAUCCAAAUGUUGCAACUGAAAAAGGAAUAAUCCAUGGACUGGGGAAAGUAAUGGAAAUCAAGAAGAACCGAUGUGAUACCAAUGAUACUGUGCUAAAAACUAGAAACUGUUUGCCCUGUGUAAUCACCCGUGGCUGUCCUCCUGGAACUACAGUGGUGGAAGGGAGCAGGCAAAUCUGCUUGUACUACAAACCUCGGGAACGCAUCAUAGAAAAAGGAUGCCGGGUCCAAUGUGCUAAAACUGUCAUUACCAGAGAAUGUUGUGCAGGAUUUUACGGCACACAGUGUGAGCCUUGCCCACAAGCUGCUGGAAACAUUUGCUUUGGGAAUGGAAUUUGCUUGGAUGGCUUCAAUGGCACUGGUUUUUGCGAGUGCGAAGCAGGCUUCAAAGGACUGGCCUGUGAUAGCUGCACUGAAGGCAAAUAUGGCAUCAACUGUGACCAAGAGUGCACCUGUGUCCGUGGGAAGUGCAACAGUGGCAUAAAAGGGGAUGGCUCUUGUGAAUGUGAUGUUGGCUGGAGAGGUGUGAAAUGUGAUAGUGAAAUCAAGGAUGAUAACUGCAACAAUACUUGCCACACUAGUGCUAACUGCCUUCUCAAUUCCAAAGGCACAUCAUAUUGCAAGUGUGCGGCUGGGUUUAAAGGAAACGGGACAUAUUGUACAGUUAUUAAUGCAUGUGAAAUCAGCAAUGGAGGUUGUUCCACUGACGCAGAAUGUAGACGUACGACCCCAGGAAAUCGAGUGUGUGUUUGCAAAACAGGUUACACUGGAGAUGGAAUAGUCUGCCUUGAAAUUAACCCCUGCAUAACAAAUAAUGGUGGAUGUGACAAAAAUGCUGAAUGCACUCAUAUCGGACCCAAUCAGGCAGUAUGCAACUGUUUAAAAGGAUAUUCUGGAAAUGGCAAUUCAUGCACCUACAUCAGUUUAUGUUCAAUUAAUAAUGGUGGCUGUGGGGAAAAUGCAAUCUGCAAUGAUACUGAAGCAACAGGAAGGACCUGUACCUGCAGAUCUGGUUACAUUGGUGAUGGAUUUACUUGCAGAGGAAGUAUAUUCCAGGAACUUUCAAGGAAUGUAAACACUAGUCGAUUUACAAUGUAUCUUCAGGCUGCUGGUGUCCAAGAUUUGGAUGGGAAUGGCCCUUUCACUGUUUUUGUACCAAACAGAAGAGCAAUUCAAUUAAAAACUUAUGACUGGGACAAAAAUGGUGCGAUGCCCCAGAUCCUUCGCUACCAUAUAGUAGCUUGUAGCUCACUAUUCUACUCCGAUCUGACAACAAACAGAAACGUGACGACUCUUCAGGGAGAACAAAUCAAGAUCACAUUCUCACAGAGUUCAAUGUUUUUAAAUGACAAAGCUAAGAUAUUAACCAGUGAUAUAAUCAGCACAAACGGAGUCAUACACAUCAUAGACAGUUGGCUAAUUCCACAGAGGAUUCAAGACUUCCCAGCUACUAAUCCGACACCUGAGAUGGAAAGCCUCAAAAUGGUUGCAGCAAAAAAUGGCUACAUCAUGUUUGCCAACUUGCUAGAGAGUGCUGGAUUGUUUAGCUUCCUGAAUGACCCUGCUCAUCAGCCAGUCACUUUGUUCUGGCCCACUGACAAAGUGAUAAGAGCUCUGCCUUCAGAACAGCAAGAUUUUCUAUUUAAAAUGUCGGACAAGGCAAAAUUGCAGCAGUAUCUGAAAAUCUACAUUAUCAGAGAUGCCAAGAUUUUAGCCUCUGACCUCCCUACCUCCAAUUCACUGAAGACAGUCCAAGGUUUUGAACUCAGACUGACAUGCGGUAAUUAUGACAAUGAAGUUGGUGAAUUGUUCCUCAAUGAUAGGAGUUGCAAGAUAGUGCAAAGGUAUCUAGAGUUUGACGGCGGUGUUGCUUAUGGGAUUGACUGCAUGUUAACAGAUCCUAACCUUGGAGGUCGCUGUGAUACUUUCAUCAGUUACGAUGUUUUGGGAGAUUGCAUCAGUUGUUACAGAACUGCAAAAUGUCCUACUGGGGCAAAAUCAAAGGGACAUCAGACAUAUCCCUGUACUUACACUAGCUAUGGAAGAAAACAUGAAGGCUGCCAGAAGAACUGUUCUAUGUCUCUUAGGGUACCACAAUGCUGUAAGGGAUACUUCGGGAAUGACUGUCAAGCCUGCCCAGGAGGGCCAGAAGCUCCGUGUAACAACCGUGGGUCAUGUGAUGAAGGGUAUUCUGGCACAGGACAAUGCACGUGUUAUGGUGGUUUCAAUGGGACUUCAUGUGAGCUCUGUCUGCCUGGACGAUACGGCUCAGAUUGCAGAUUCUGUCAGUGCACAGUGCAUGGCGAGUGCGAUGAAGGAAUUUCGGGAUCAGGACUGUGUGUCUGUGAAACUGGAUGGACAGGAAAGCUGUGCGAGACCAAAUUAGAUGUGAUGCCGGUGUGUUCCCCUAGCUGUUCCGUUAAUGCUGCGUGCAAGCCUCAAAACAUCUGCCAGUGUAAACUAUAUUAUGUUGGAGAUGGAAUCACUUGUACAGCUAUGAAUCUUUGUAUGAUAUUCAAUGGUGGCUGCCAUAAGAAUGCAAGAUGUACACAAUCUGGCGUGAAAGUCAAUUGCACGUGUCAGAGAGGAUACAAAGGAGAUGGCCACAUCUGCACAGCUAUCAACCCUUGUACAGAUGGGCUCAAUGGUGGUUGUCAUGAACAUGCGAUAUGUACAACGACAGGCCCUGAUAAGCGCAAAUGUGAAUGCAAGGAUAACUACAUUGGUGAUGGAAUCGACUGUGAAGUGAAACAACUCCGAGUGAACCGAUGUUUGCAAGAUAAUGGACAAUGCCAUGCUGAUGCUGACUGUGUAGAUCUCCAUUAUGAGGAUGCAACAGUUGGAGUUUUUCACAUUCGUUCUCCACGAGGACAAUAUAAACUGACUUUCGAUGAGGCAAAUAAAACCUGUGCAGAUGCAGGAGCAACACUAGCUACAUACAAUCAGCUCUUGUAUGCCCAGAAGGCCAAGUACCACUUAUGUGCAGCUGGCUGGCUGCAGAAUGGGAGAGUAAGCUAUCCAACGGCCUUCUCGGCCCCUACCUGUGGGGGAGGAUUGGUUGGGAUUGUCGACUAUGGAAUCAAACUCAACCGAAGUGAAACCUGGGAUGCCUUCUGCUACAGAGUCAAAGACGUUAAUUGCACUUGCAAAAUUGGCUAUGUGGGUGAUGGAUUUACAUGUACUGGGAACCUACUUCAAGUCCUCGUGUCUAUCUCAACUUUUACAAACUUUGUCUCGGAGGUCUUUACUUACUCAAAUACCUCAAAAAAAGGUCAAGAAUUCCUGAAAUACCUCACAAGUUUAUCAACUAAGGCUACGUUGUUUGUCCCAGACAAUGAUGGACUGAAGGAAAAUGAGACACUUUCGGGAAGAGACAUUGAGUACCAUUUGUCCAAUGUGAGCAUAUUGUUCUAUGAAGACUUAGCCAAUGGAACUACCCUUCAAACCAGAAUAGGGACAAAGUUAUUAAUUACGCAUGGUGAAAACCAAGAAUAUCAGGCUUCGGUUGCUAAAAAGAAGGCAACAAGGUACGUGGAUGGAAAAGCUAUCCUUGGGUGGGACAUUGUUGCUUCCAAUGGGGUCAUCCAUGUCAUUGCUGCCCCCCUGAAGGCUCCUCCUCUACCCCCCGCAUUCUUACAUCUUGGAGUUGGAACAGGAAUAUUCUUUGCGGUCCUCUUACUCAUCGGAAUCAUUGCUCUUGUUGGGUACGCAUACCUCAGAUUCAAGCAAGGAGAUAUUCGCUUUCAGCGUUUCAAGCAAAAAAAUGAUAUCGAUGUAACUACGAUGGACACAGCCCAGACGGCAAACUUUUCAAACAUUAACUACAAAAGCUCAAUAACUUCACCACCAGAUCUUCCUUAUGAUCCAUUUUCAGAUUCUGAUGUAUGUGAGUUGACCACCAGCAAUCCCCCAUCAGAAUUUUGAUGACUUGAGUUACCAUCAGAAAGGAUGUAUGUUUGAGCUGGAAUUGAAUGUGAAGUAUAAAGCAAUGGGCAGCAUUUUAAAACUAUACAGAAAAGGCAAUUUUCAUGCGAGUCAGUGUUUUGUUUGCUUUCACACUUAUUUUGCCACUUAAUUAUACAGUGCCUGUUUUCUUCCCAAGUUCAAAUGGUUCUUUGGGAUUGCUAUUCUUUCUUACCUCAUUUUUUGGGCAUGGACUACUGAGUAUGAAAUUCUAUGGUGCAGAACUAAUUACAAUUAUACGUUUAACAAUAUGUUUAACUUAAAAAGCCAUAGUAUUGCUUGACCCAGAUUUGGCAAUGUAGAGAUUUGGAGGAUGAGUUUAAAUGUUGUUGUACACUGAAGUCCCUAUAAGAAAACUGAUUGAACCAGAUAGUAAUACAUUUAAUUUUUGUUUUUCUCCCCACCAUCGCAUAUGUAGGUUGCUUUAACUGCUGUACUUCUUUCCAAGAGGGUAUUAAAAUAUAUACUUGUGUAUCA